AUGUCCAUGAACCAGGUCGGCUUCUUGCACGCCCGCAAGUGCACCAGGCGCGACCUCCUUGGUACUUCGCUGGGAAACUGUCCUGCGUCGGACAAUGUGCUCGUCAACGGUGCUUCUCACGGCAUUGAAGCAUCACCUGUUCCAGAAUCAAGUUCAGCCACCUCGAAAUCCCUCGCAUCGGCAACUUCUGCUCCGCUGGCGCAAAUGGCUGAGUUGGAAUGUGAUGUGAGUCACCUCGAGCAGAUGCUCAUGGAGAUCAUGGACGCCGCCAAAGCAUUCGCGAGCACGAGCCAGGCACCACCAUCGGAUUCAACGCAGCAAAGCGUGGAUACGCUUCCGGCAUGUGGGUACCUGCUGCGCACGUGCUUUCAUUUCGACACGGGCGCCUUCAAGCCCCAUCAGCAAGAGGUGUGUCUGUCGGUUCUCGCUGGCGUCAACACGCUCGCCGUGUGCCCCACGGGCUGGGGAAAGUCUCUCUGUUUCCAGUUUCCAAUGCUCGUUCAUCGUCUGCUGUUUCAAUGUCGCUACACGCGGUGGUGCCGGCAAGCUGCGACGUCACCGGCAGCAGCGCAGCAGGUGAGCGAGACGGCGGUGAAAGAAGGGCAGACGGGCACCUCGAGAUCUGCCGGCGCUCUGCCAAGCACCGGUCUGCCGGCGCACCUGUUCAGCCGCUUCUGCGUUGUUGUCUCUCCUCUCCUCGCGCUUAUGGAGGAUCAGGCGGAGAAAGUCAACGCCGUUGAUCACCUGAGCGCCUUUGUGCUGUCGGCGAAAGUGGGCGCUGACCGAGAGGCACGGGUGCUUGCCCAGCUUGAGUCCCCGAUCUGCCCGCUUGACAUCCUGUUCGUGUCGCCGGAGAAGCUCAUCGCGAGUGUGCCGCUGCGGCGUCUGUUGCAGGCACAGACGCACCGGCUGGCGCUGGUAUGCGUAGACGAGGUGCACUGUGUGUCUGGCUGGGCCUACGACUUCCGGCCCACCUUCAUGUACGUCAGCCGCGUGCUGCAGAGCCCACUCCUUGGCGACCCAGCGGCACACCCAUGUCAGGAGCGACGGGCAAUGUGGGCGAGGGAGGCGCUGGCAGCGGUGCCGUACCUAUGUCUCACCGCGACUGCCACGAAGGCAGUCGUGCACGACAUCCAAGCCAGUUUCGGUAUUGUGCGGACAGUGGCGUGCGGCGAUCAGUGGCGGUCGAACCUUCGGCUGCAGGUGACGAACCUAGUUGAGCGCCACACGUCAUUUUACCACCUCCCUUCUGCGUCGGGUGACGAUGCCGAGGCUCGGGAGCCAUCUGCGCGAGUGGCGCAGGACGCGCUCCUGGAGGCGGUGCAGCAGCUGCCGAAGCCGAUGAUUGUGUACGUACAAAGCCGCGCAGACGCAGACGCGUUGUCGGGACUGCUUUCCUCCAAAUGUGGGCAGGCGCACUCGCCGUCGCCGUCGGCGGUGUCGGGGACGCACUCUGGUGUGUUCCAUGCCGCGCAGUACCCGCUUCCACGCGAGCAGGGUAGCGCAGUCUACGAUGCGGAAGGCGAGGGUAGGGAAGAGAACCCCAAUGACGAGCACGCAGAAGCGCCACGCGCUCCGGAGGCCGCGAUGGUGAUCCGCCCCUAUCACGCCGCGUUGACACGGACGAUGCGGAGCGCCACUCAGCGACAGUUUCUGCAAGGCAAGAUCGACGUAUUGGUCGCCACGAUCGCGUUUGGCAUGGGCGUCGACAAGGCCAACAUCCGCAGCGUUAUCCACGCCUCAGCACCGAGCUCGAUGGAGUGCUACGUGCAGGAGAUCGGCCGGGCGGGUCGCGACGGUGCGCCAAGCAUCUGCCGUCUCCUGUACAACCCUUUUGACUUCUACACCCUCCGGUGCCGACUCUGGGGGACGCUGCUCUCGCCGUCCGAGAUGCACUCCAUCGUGCGUGCGAUCUUGUCGUGUUCUACGACCCACGUCGGGCGGCGACUCAUGCUUGUCUCUGUAUCCGCUCUUUCAGCGGAGCUGGGCUUCAGUGAGGAGAUCAUCGAGACGGUUCUUUUUCUACUCCUCACCGCAACUCAGCCCGAGGCUCCACUUGCUGAGGACUUCUCCUCGUGCACAUCCUCUUCCCGUCUACCUGUCCCCUUCAAGAGUGUUUUCGGCGCGUAUCCGCUCAGCUACAAGGUUCUGCGGGUGCAGGAAGAGGCAGGAAAAGACCGUGAUCCGGAGCUGGGGAGCUCGACCAGCAAUGCCACCCUCCGCGGCAGAGCAGCGCCGUUGAAGCGACGGCGCACUGGCGCCACAGAGGCACGAGGUGGCUCCUCCUCGGCCGUCGCCGGCGUGGGUCUUCUCCUUCGUCAGCUCGGGGCCACUGACGCGGUGCUUGAGCUGUGCCGCGUGACACCAAACAUGUCGAACCAGAUCGAAAUGGCGAACAAGCUGUCGAUGCCGCUUGACGAGUUUCAGCAGCGCAUGCAGGACCUCGUGGAAAGCGGCAUCGUAACGGUCGCCAAGUAUGGCAGGUCGUCAGCUUUCCUUCUAGAGUUAGCAGACUCGUUCGACGAGGCGGCGAGUCCUGCCGGCCAGCAAGCCCUCGCCUCACACCUUUUAGCGCUCCAUCGCGGUCGUCUGGAUGCGCAGGCGGCCGGGCUGCGACGGAUGUUCAGCGUCCUUCAACGCCCAACCCACGAGGCCAUCGCUGCUGAGCUGAGCAGGGAGCCCGGUGUGUGCGGCACGGGGCUCGACAACGGUCAUCUCUCAUGGAGGCCGCCAGGCCAGGGGAUGGGCAAGAUGAAGGCCGUAUCUCUGGUCAACGCCUUUGUCGAAGAGAAUCGCCUCCGAAUUCAUUCCACCUAUGAGGCGCUGCGUGCUUUGUUGGGGAUUCGCCCAAGGAGUCUUAUCCAGCAUGGCAAGUACGCAGGGCAGCUUCCCUUGGCUCAGAGCUGGUACGUGAACUCCCCGUACUUUGGGGCGCUGCGCACCUUUGAGCUCUCUUGGGUGCUACAGGUGCUUGCGCCCCACCACCUCGACGCCCCAACCGCUGAAGCGUGA